AUGGCUCAGAGCAACUUUGACCGGAGGCGCAUCAACGGCCCCGACGAAGCCUAUCGGCCUGUUUUCGACCUAGACGAGGAAGAGGAGCCGUGGAAGACAGGGACUCCCAGGCGAGGGCGGGGCGCGAAAGACAUCAGGCCAAUUUUCUUAACGACAGGGCUGAUCAAUCAGGCCAAUGGGUCUGCGUACAUAGAGACGGAGAAGACAAAAAUCGCGUGCGCCGUAUAUGGGCCACGGCAGUCUAAAAACACCGCAUACAACGAGAAUGGACGGCUUAACGUUGAGGUGAAAUUUGCGCCCUUCUCGUGUACUCGCCGCCGGGUUCCUAUCCGAGACGCUGAAGAUCGAGCUGUAUCAGUGCAGAUGCAACAAGCUCUCGUCUCUGCCGUUCGACUUGAGCUCUUGCCAAAAUCAACCCUCGACAUAUUCAUCACUGUCAUAGAGAAUGACGGGAUUGAAGGAUGCAUCGCGUCUGGAUCUGUGGCGGCCAGUGCCGCUCUUGCCGACGCAGGUGUAGAGAUGCUUGGUCUAGUUGCAUCAUGCUCAGCGGCAGUGGUCGGCGGCGAGAUUUGGUUGGAUCCUACAGAGGCGGAGGGAAAGAUAUCCUCUGGUACCCUGAUUCUUUCAGGUAUGCCUGCUCUUGACACUGUCACAAGUGUGUGGCAAUCGGGCAAUAUGACGCCUGAGCAAACUUUCGAAUGCAUGGACGCUUGCCAAGAGCGUUAUACAGAUGUGCAUGCUGUUAUUGCCCAGGCGCUCUUAGAGAAAGCGAAGAGUUUAUGA